AUGGUGGCUCCGAACGAGACAGUGAACGGCGUGCAGCCCGAAAAGGUCGAUGUCCUUAUCGUGGGCGCCGGACCAGCUGGACUCAUGAUGGCCGAGUGGAUGGCUAAAUGCGGCAUCAAAACCAGAAUAUGCGACAAGCGUGGCACCAAGAUCUUCAAUGGCCAGGCCGACGGCCUCCAGUGCCGUACAUUAGAGAUAUUCGACUCUUUUGGGUUUGGUCACCGGGCCUGGAUCGAAUCAAAUCAUAUGCUGGAAAUUUGCCUUUGGAACCCGGACAAGGACGGCAUCAUUCGUCGAAGCGACAGAAUACCCGACACAAUCCCUGGAAUCAGUCGGUUUCAACAAGUCGUUCUCCACCAAGGUCGUAUUGAGCGAUUCUUUCUCGAUUCGAUAGAGUCGUGCAGCGAUAUCCGGGUCGAACGAGGUGUCAUGCCAUCUAAGCUCGAACUCAACCAGACCCUUGUAGAGGACAAUGAUGCGUACCCAAUAACGGUCACUCUACGACACCUCAGCGAGGAAGAAGCCACCCCCCAGCAACAAACUGGGACCUCGACAAACGGAACUUCAGUCAUGGACGGACUUUUCCGAAGCAAUAUCGCACCUGACGAUACACAAGAUCUCCUAAAUGAUUCUGCUCACCUGAAUGGCAAAGCAAAUACCGAAGAAGUGAUUCAGGCAAAGUACGUACUAGGCGCUGAUGGGGCUCAUUCCUGGGUACGUAACCAGCUAGGUUUUAAGCUGGAGGGCGAAUCGACAGACUACAUCUGGGGAGUUCUCGACAUAGUCCCUAUUACCGACUUCCCGGAUAUCAGAAUGCGUUGUGCCAUCCAUUCCGCCAGCGCUGGGAGUGUGAUGGUGAUUCCGCGCGAGAACAAACUUGUCCGUCUGUAUAUCCAACUUACGACAACGGAGAAGAUCGGUGAUAGUGCUGGUGCUAGAGUCGAUAGAUCCAAAAUCACUCCCCAGACCAUCUUGCAGGCCGCGCAACGCAUCAUCGCACCCUAUAAACUCGACUAUCGCAAACUCGACUGGUGGACUGCUUACCAGAUCGGACAACGGGUCGGAACACAAUUCUCUUCCCACGAGAGAAUAUUCCUUGCCGGAGACGCGGUACAUACUCACAGUCCCAAAGCAGGCCAAGGAAUGAAUGUUAGCAUGCAAGAUGCGUACAAUCUAGGAUGGAAAGUCGCCAAUGUCGUCAAGGGCAUAGCAAGCCGCGAUAUCUUGAAGACCUACCAAUCAGAAAGACGUCGAAUCGCACAGGACUUGAUUGCGUUCGAUCAUAGAUUUUCUCGUCUCUUCUCCGGCCGACCGGCGAAAGACGUCAUGGACGAGGAAGGGAUUAGUAUUCAGGAGUUUAAGAAUGCAUUUGAGAAAGGAAAUAUGUUUGCGAGUGGGAUCGCCGUCGACUACGGGUCAAGCCUCAUCGUUGCAAAACAAGGCAACUCCACAGACCAAGGUGACGGAACGGAUGUUGGCGUACACAACCCAGACUACCAAGUCCUGUCGAUACCGACCCUUGCGACCAAGGUCGAAGUCGGCAAACGCAUCCCCAGCCACAAAAUCCUCAACCAGUCCGACGCCCGGCCUUCCCACCUUCAUGAACUUCUCAGAUCGAACGGUCGGUGGCGCAUCAUCACAUUCGCCGGCGACAUCAGAGACCCUGUCCAGGCAGCCAAAUUGAAGAACGUUGGCACAAAGCUCGCCGCGCCAAACUCGUUCCUGAAACGAUUCACACCCAGCGGAGGACGGUACGACGAUGUAUUCGAAGUUCUGGCCAUCCACAACGCUCCGAGAACACAAGUCUCGUUCUUUGAUUUUCCAGAAGUUUACAGAAACUUCGACGAGAUAGAAGGGUGGGAUUAUUGGAAGAUUUUCGUCGACGGUCAGUCUUACCACGAAGGGCACGGACAGAUCUAUGAGAAUCUUGGAAUCGGUCCAGCCGGAUGCUCUGUCGUGCUUAGACCUGAUCAGUACGUAUCUUACGUCGGCCCUAUGGACGCAUAUGAUGAGCUGGAUAAGUUCUUUUCUGGGUUCAUGGUAACGCAAGAGAAAGGGAAGAAAGUGGUUUUGUCGUAGGUUAGCUAUUUGACAAUUGUAGACUUGUCACAUAAG